AUGUCUCAACAUUUAAGAGAAACUUUUGCAAGGUGUAAAAAAGAAGGCCGCAAUGCGCUUGUCAACUUUAUCACUGUAGGAUACCCCACAGUUGAAGAUACAAUUCCUAUUUUGAAAGGGAUGCAAGAUGCCGGAACAGAUAUAAUUGAGCUUGGUGUACCAUUUUCAGACCCUAUAGCCGAUGGCCCAACCAUUCAAACUGCCAACAUCAAAGCCUUGGAGAAUGGAAUCACAGUUCCAAAAGUCUUGGAGUUGGUGACAAAGGCUAGAGAAAGCGGAGUCACUGUGCCUUUAAUUUUAAUGGGAUACUACAAUCCAAUCUUGAAGUACGGAGAGAACCAAUUUUUGGAAGAUGCAGAAAAAGCUGGUGCCAAUGGUUUUAUUAUUGUGGACUUGCCACCAGAGGAAGCAGUUAAAUUCAGAUCAUCGUGUGCCAAAUAUGGGUUGUCAUAUGUCCCCUUGGUCGCACCCGCUACAACUGAUGAAAGGUUGAAAGUUUUGGGACAAAUUGCUGAUUCAUUUAUCUACGUUGUGUCAAAGAUGGGUACUACUGGUGCCUCAAGCAAAGUCUCAUCUGGUAUUGAUGAGUUAUGUGCACGUGUGAGAAAGUUUGCCGGCGCAGAAACACCCUUGGCAGUAGGAUUCGGUGUUUCUACGCGAGAGCACUUUUUGGAAGUUGGUAAAGUUGCAGAUGGUGUGGUUAUUGGCUCAAAGAUUGUGACUUUGAUUGGUGAGUCUGCACCAGGAAAGAGAGGCGAGACUGCUUACAACUAUGUCAAAUCGAUUUUGGGACAGGAUUACAAAUCUAAUGCACCUUCCACUUAUAGUAGGUCAGAUCUCAGCAAAGAGCAACGCGAAUCGAAACCUAUUUUGGAAGAGGCUCACAAGUUUAACCCUAGAUUUGGAGAUUUUGGAGGUCAAUAUGUUCCUGAGGCAUUACACUCUUGUUUAGCGGAAUUAGAAAAAGGGUUUGAAGAUGCAGUUGCAGAUCCGGAAUUCUGGAAAGAGUUUAGAGACUUGUACUCCUAUAUUGGUCGUCCAUCAUCAUUGCACAAAGCGGAAAGAUUAUCUGAACAUGCAGGUGGUGCAACCAUUUGGUUGAAGCGCGAGGAUUUGAACCAUACCGGAUCCCACAAGAUUAAUAAUGCAUUAGCCCAAGUAUUGCUCGCUAAACGUUUAGGUAAGAAGAAGAUCAUUGCCGAGACCGGUGCUGGCCAACACGGUGUUGCCACAGCCACAGCCUGUGCCAAGUUUGGACUUGAAUGUACGGUUUUCAUGGGUGCCGAAGAUACUAGACGUCAAGCAUUGAAUGUGUUUAGAAUGAAGAUCUUGGGCGCCACGGUUAUCCCAGUCAAGAAUGGUACUCAAACAUUGAGGGAUGCAACUUCAGAGGCUUUUAGAUACUGGGUUUCCAAUUUGGAGACUACACAUUAUGUUGUUGGUUCAGCAAUUGGCCCACAUCCAUACCCUGUUUUAGUGAGAACAUUCCAAAGUGUUAUUGGACAAGAAACCAAAGAGCAAUUCAAACAACUCAAUGAUGGCAAACUUCCAAAUGCAGUGGUUGCAUGUGUAGGUGGUGGUUCCAACUCUACUGGUAUGUUCUCACCAUUUGAGAAAGAUGUGGAAGUCAAGAUGUUGGGUGUAGAAGCUGGUGGUGAUGGUAUUGAUACUGAGCGUCACUCAGCUACAUUAACAGCAGGUAUUCCUGGUGUUUUCCAUGGUGUUAGAACAUAUGUUUUGCAAGACAGCGAUGGACAAGUGCACGAUACACACUCAGUCUCUGCAGGUUUGGAUUACCCAGGUGUUGGUCCUGAGUUGGCAUUCUGGAAGAGUACGGGACGUGCCGAAUUCAUUGCUGCUACGGAUGCACAAGCCUUGCAAGGGUUUAGACUUUUAUCGCAAUUGGAAGGUAUUAUUCCAGCCCUCGAGUCCUCGCAUGCUAUCUAUGGUGGUGUAGAGUUGGCCAAGAAAUUACCCAAGGACCAGCAUAUUGUUAUAAACGUUUCUGGAAGAGGUGAUAAGGAUGUUCAAUCUGUUGCUGAGGUGUUGCCUAAAUUGGGUGAACAAAUCGGAUGGGAUUUAAGAUUUGACGAAGACCCUUCAAAGAAAAAUGAAGUUUGA